GCAAAGCUGAGUAUUCCACGGGGUGGCAUCCUCUGCCUCAACAUAGCAAUGGUCGAAACACGACAAAUUCUCGGUUAGCACACCCGUCGAAUCUAGAGACGGCGGUUGAAUUUGCUGCAUUCUGGCCCGAGAGAAAACUUCCGGAAGGAGAGAUCUGAGAUUCAGGGGACAGAAGGAAGAGGCAGACAGGCUCAAGGUGGAAGCGGAGAUGUCGCUGUGAAAACGUUCACAGUGAAAGGCGCUCUUAUCCUUUGCGCAGCUGACUGCUCGUUUUGAAGAUUGCUUCUAUGCAAUUUGACCGGAGGAUUUCAGUUCCAAGAUAGCGAAGUGGUAGAUUAAGUGCUCAAUUGGUAGAGGUUAUUUGAUCAACGCAGUGUGUUGCGGGAAGGAUAGGUGAGCUCUAAAGAGCCUGUCAAUGGCUACCAAGGCAGGGAAUCUGCAGGUGUCGGUUGUUGAGGGGAAGGGGUUGAAGGCGGCAGGGGGCGCUGCUUCUGCUGACCCGUACGUGCGCCUGACUUUGGGCACGCAGGAGGUGCGGACUGACGCACUCAAGGGGACUCUGGCUCCCAAAUGGGUCAAGGAUUUCAAGCUCCCAGUCCCUGUCACAAAGCCAAAUUUGGUGGUUGCCAUUGGUGAUGACGCCAGCAAGCAGGACAUCGGCUCCACCACAAUCCAGAUCGCUGACAUCAUCGCGGCGGGCACCACGGUGCAUUGGUACAAGGUCCAGGACGCCGCUGGGGCCGAGGCGGGCGAGGUGUGCCUCGUGCUGCGCUUCAUUGCGCCCAAGGACUCCGUGCGGUCUCCCAGCCCGUCCAUAACUUCCUCGGACGCGCGCUCCCCCGCGUCGUCCAUCUCCUCAGUUCCGGACUCGAUUGCAAACGGGAAUGGCGCUGUUGUAGGGGGCACCACCGGCCCCUCGUUGACUGUGAGCCCGAGUGUCAAGGAGGCGAUUCAGAAGAUCGAAAACAACGACCCGAGCGGCGCGGAGAAGUUGACGCAGAUUGCCACGAGGGACCCCCCGAAGGAGGUUAUCGUUAAGGAGGAGGUGUUUGCCGAGCCCGCCGUUGUGAAGCAGGAGGUGAUUGUUCCUGAAACCACCACGACCUACACAGCUCCGCCACCGCCCCCUCAUCUGGAGCAAGCAAACGGCGUAAAGGAAGAGGCCAAGCCGAAGCCCCGAAAGAGCAAGAAGAAGGGCAGCCCGCUGGGCUCUCUUUUGGGUGGCGCCCUCGCCAUAGCGGCUGGCGCAUUUGUGGUCGCCAACAGCAAAAGAAAGCCCAAGUUCUACGAGGUCAAGGAGGGCGACACCCUCUGCUCGAUUGCCGGGUGCUUCCGACUGUCGGUGGAUGAGCUCUACGACCACAACAUCGAAGUCACUCAGGAUCCAGACCGGAUUUACCCGGGUGACAAGUUCUACAUCCCAUGAGCGUAAGCAGUUUAAGCUAGACUGGAUUGCGAAUUGUAUUAUGGUGUGUUUCUUGAGCGCCCGUGUUUUGGUAGAUGACGUGACCUGAGGGAGAAACUUUGUUUGAGCGGCUGAGGCCGUUGUUCUUAUCUGGUCACCCAAGCUUUCCUCACGAUCUUGUGUGCAAAGUUUUCGAGGAUUUAUGACAGUAACGACAGUAACCUCAAGGACUCUGCCAUGCCGAUUGACAAACAUUUAGCUACAAUCUCUACAAGGACAUCAUCCAUCAUACUUUGAGACUACAAGAAGUCACCUGAGAGAACAUUCUAUGAGUCUAGGCGGCUUUCCAGCUUGCUAUGUGAAGUUUCAUGGUAAUGUAAACUUCUUGAAGCCGCAAACAGGGUGCCUUAUUGCCAUGUGUGUAAUAGCAGCAACAACGGCAUCAAAUUGCGUGCGGUUAAUGCUUUUGUUUGAAGAUGGUCAGAUCCGGUGUGCCAUAUGAGCAAU